AUGUUAGCAAAUAUUUUAAUUUUUAUUUGUUUAUUUUACUGUCAUCAUGUUAAUACGUCUAGCAUAUAUAAUAUUGGACAAGAUAAAAGAGAAUUAGGAAUGCGAUUUAAACAAGCUAUUACUGAUGCUAUGAAAAAAAUUGAUGAUCUUGCUAGUACUUGUCCACCUGGCAGUUUUUUCUAUAAUGGUUCAUGUUAUUUCUAUUUACCGCCAAAACAAUUAGACGAUUGGAAAGGAAUUGGAUUUACUGAUAUAUCGGUUGAUGAAGCUUCUAAUCGUUGUCAUUUAUUACAUGCUAAACUUUGGGAUAUUGAAUCAGUUAAUGAAUUUGAUUAUGUUCUUGCUCAUAUAUAUGAUCAAACUCAAUCAUUUGAUAGUCCUCGUAUUGCUGUUAAUUUUACUAAAGGCAAAUAUAUAUUAAAAUUAGAAAAACGAAUGGGUGAACAACAAUUUUUAUCUGUUGGAAAUAUUAAUGAUUAUUCAUUAAUUUAUAAACCUCUACCUGAUGUACCACCAGCAAAUACAAGUUUAAUUAUUGAUAUAAGUAAAGCAACACGACGUAUAUCAUUAGAAGAAAAAUUUCGUUUAGAACGUCGAAGUAAUCAUUAUAUUUGUAAAAUGACAAUUAAUAGUUGUUAUAAUAAUACACGUUGUGGAAGUCAUGGAACAUGCAAAAAUUUAAUUGUUAAAUAUCAAUGUAUAUGUAAUUUUAUGUACACAGGAGAAUAUUGUGAACAAUGUAAGUUCGAAUAA